AGGAAGCGAUGCGCAUCCUGCAGCCCAGUCGCUUCCAUUAGGCAGCCAUUUGAUCAAGAGCUGACUGAGCUGACGCAAAUUGCAGUACCCAACAUUUCAGGUUCAUCCACGAUCCGCACUACAAAGCCAUGGUUUUCAACUAUCUACCUAUAGGCAAUAGCGACCUCCGACUUCUGACUCCUGUCUCUAUCCAAUCAAACCGUCUUUCCUUCAGCAUGACCCGCUUUGAUCAAAAGUCAACACCUCGCUACACUGCGGUCUCAUACACUUGGGGCAAUGAAACUCCAUCGGAGCACAUAUUUAUUAAUGACCAACCUUUCCCCGUCCGACUCAAUCUCUGGUCAUGUCUGCACUAUCUAGCCCAAGACAAAAUGGCAGGUUGGACACAUCUCUGGGUGGACGCAAUUUGUAUCGACCAAAAGAACAACGCAGAACGUACCGCGCAAGUUCGGCGCAUGGAUACAAUAUAUCGCAACGCGAGUGCCGUGUCUGUUUGGCUUGGUCUCCCACCAUCUGUGGAGCAAUAUCAAUCUCAGCACGAACCAAUACGAACUUUUGAGGACUCGGGCUUCGAAUUCUACGAUCAGAUGUCCCAUCUAGCAAACCAUUCGUAUUGGACUCGCUUCUGGGUCAUCCAGGAGUUUCUCCUCGGCCAGGAUGUGAACGUGUACUGCGGAAACACGCGCAUGAAUUGGCUUGAUUUCAAAGAAGCACUUGGAUCACGUGCAGGUGUACUUGAGCACAUCCACCAAGCGUCUAUGCCGAAAGACUUUGACAGCAGGCUUUGGAAAGCUUUCCCUCUGAUCACCGGACGCCACCCAGAUCGCCAUCCGACAAUGCAUCUCCCGCUCUCCCAGUUGCUCAUCAAUCACAGCACUUCGGAAUGCAAAGACCCGCGAGAUCGAGUGUUUGCUUUGUUAGGACUAGUGAUGCCAAACGAACGGGUGCUUCUGGAGCGGUUUUUCCCAGAUUAUGAUAUGAGUGAAGACGAUGUUGUACUAAUUGCGCUUGCGCAUGUGAGGCAGUGCAACUUCGAAUAUGAUGGGGUUGAUGAUGAUGCAUUGUUUCAGGGGUUGGGAAUCACAAAUGCGAAGAAGAGAAAGAUGCUUGAAAGACGCGUUGCGAACUAUGACUAUCUGGGAGAUGGAGUACCUCGUCAUUACCGGUUUUCCGAUGACGAUGAUGCUGCAGAAAGGGAGGCGAGCUUUAUUGAGGGUGAUAAUGGUCCAAAUCACAGAUGUAUGAAGACUGCAUAUGCAGUCACUCUUUUCGUGUUCGCUCUGCUGUUUGUGGGUGGUUGGAAGCGGUAUCGCUAGUUAAUCUGAUGAAGGAAUGCAGAAAAUUGUUAUCGUCAUUCUCUCCGAUUGCACGUACUACAGCUCGUCUUGAAUCCUAAUCUAAUGUCGUUGUUUAUCCAUCCGGAGGUUGAGUUUGCGACAAAAACCUCCUAGUUAGCUUUUUCCUCAUAGAUAAGCGCAGGCGGCAGCGAGCUUCCAU